AUGCAGCCAGCAGCACCCCCCGCGGGGCAAUGGGGAGGAGCGCAAGCCGCGACCGGCGCCGGCGCCGGCGCAGGCGGAGCGGAUGAGCCGCGGACGCUGUGGGUGGGGGAUCUGCAAUACUGGAUGGACGAGACUUACCUAUGGAACGCGUUCGCGUCCACGGGCCAGGUUGCAAAUGCGAAGAUCAUUCGCAACAGGGCGACAGGGCAGCCGGAGGGGUACGGGUUCGUGGAGUUCACGACUCAUGCAGCAGCGGAGCAGGCGCUAGCGGCCUACCAGGGCACGCCAAUGCCUCAGGCGGAGCAGCAGCCGUUCCGCAUCAACUGGGCCGCGUUCGGCGCCGGGGAAAAAGGUGGCGGUCGCCCAGCGGACGGGCAGGAGUUCUCCAUAUUCGUGGGCGACCUGGCUCCAGACGUGAACGACUACUUGCUCUGUGAAACCUUCCGCUGCCGCUACGGCUCCGUGAGAGGCGCCAAGGUGGUGGUGAACAAUGUGAGUGGGCGCACCAAGGGGUAUGGCUUCGUGGUGGUGGACAAUGUGAGUGGGCGCACCAACGGGUAUGGCUUCGUGGUGGUGGAUAACGUGGUGGUGGAUAACGUGAGUGGGCGCACCAAGGGGUACGGCUUCGUGCGAUUCUCUUCAGAGGAGGAGCGGGACCGUGCGUUGCACGAGAUGAACGGCCAGAUGUGCUCCUCCCGCCCCAUGCGCAUCAGCGUCGCCACUCCCAAGAAGCCUGGAGCGCCGGGGCAAGGUGGCCCGCAGGGUGGGCAAGGCGGAGCUCCAAGGGCGGGCCCUCAGCCCCAGGCGCAGGGACCGGGGGGGGAGGAUGACCCCAGCAACACCACGAUCUUUGUAGGAGGGUUGGACCAGAGUGUGACGGACGAGCAGCUGAGAGCAGUGUUUGGGCCGUGGGGCGAGCUGGUAUAUGUGAAGAUCCCGUUCGGCAAGGGUUGUGGCUUCGUCCAGUUCCGACACCGAUCUCAGGCAGAGGAGGCGCUGAGGAACAUGCAUGGCACGGUCAUCGGGCAGCAGUCUGUGCGGCUCUCAUGGGGCCGCAAUCCCGCUACAAAGCGUACCUCAACUUACCCCUCCCAAGGCUCUCAGUGGCAGCAGCCACAGCAGCAGCAUGAUCCCAAUGCAGCAGCAGCAGGUGGUUGGGGCGCUGCAGCUGGUAACACUGGUUACUAUGGAGGGUACAGUGGUUACGAUGCUUCAGGGGGCUACAACCAGGGAGCGUAUGCUUCAUAUGGUGGAUAUGGAGCUGGAGUGACCCCAGAACCCUUCGAUCCCCUGCGCCCCCUUGACUUGGACAAGUGA